AGCUCGCGAGGGUCCUAAUCGGGGCUCGUGACGAACGCUUGCACGCGUCAAGAUCUGGAUGAGCAAGGAAGGCUUAGACACGUGAGGAGCUGGAGCUUGUUGGCAUGGCAUAGGAAGCAGCCUGCGAGUGGUUGUUACGGUGGUGUUUCUGAAUGAUUACUGAUGGCGGUCAACGAGCGGCAUGCCUGAUUCAGAGACAUACAUAGAUAUAGCAGAGAAAGAGAGUGAAAGAGACGAGGAAGAAGAAGAAGAAGAAGAAGAAUUUUCAAGUAGUAAGUGCGUUACGGUCUUCAAGGGUGUAUGGGAAGAAUGGGAGGGAAUCGCAGCAAUUACUCUGCCAAUCCUUCUGAUUACAAGCUUCUUGAAGAGGUUGGUUAUGGUGCUAGCGCCACCGUUUACCGUGCGAUCUAUAUUCCUCUCAAUGAACUCGUCGCUGUCAAGUGCUUGGAUCUCGAUCGCAUCAAUUCCAAUCUGGAUGACAUACGGAGGGAGGCUCAAACUAUGAGUUUGAUUGAUCACCCUAAUGUUGUGAGGGCAUAUUGUUCAUUUGUUGUUGAGCGGAAUCUUUGGGUGGUCAUGCCAUUCAUGGAUGAAGGUUCUUGUUUACACCUCAUGAAAAUAGCAUAUCCUGAUGGAUUUGAAGAGGCAGCUAUUGGAUCUAUUCUAAAAGAAACUCUCAAGGCAUUGGAGUACCUUCAUCAACAAGGGCAUAUCCAUCGUGAUGUCAAGGCUGGAAACAUUUUACUUGAUAGUAAAGGGAUUGUGAAGCUCGCUGACUUUGGUGUUUCAGCUUGCAUGUUUGAUACUGGUGAUAGGCAGCGUUCGAGAAAUACUUUCGUGGGGACUCCUUGCUGGAUGGCACCAGAGGUACUGCAACCAGGAAGCGGCUACAAUUUCAAGGCUGAUAUUUGGUCUUUUGGAAUUACGGCAUUGGAAUUGGCUCAUGGUCACGCUCCUUUUUCAAAAUAUCCUCCAAUGAAGGUUCUUCUAAUGACCAUCCAAAAUGCCCCUCCUGGACUUGAUUAUGAUCGUGAUAAAAAAUUCUCUAAGUCUUUUAAGGAAAUGGUUGCUAUGUGCUUGGUCAAAGAUCAAACAAAGAGGCCAUCAGCGGAGAAGUUGUUGAAACACUCCUUCUUUAAAAACGCUAAGCCUCCUGAACUUUCUGUGAAGAAAUUAUUUGCUGAUUUACCACCUCUUUGGAAUCGUGUGAAAGCUCUUCAGCUUAAAGAUGCAGCUCAACUAGCUCUGAAGAGAAUGCCUUCUGCAGAACAAGAAGCAUUAUCACAGAGUGAAUAUCAGCGAGGAGUUAGUGCAUGGAACUUUGAUAUUGAUGAUUUGAAAGCUCAAGCUUCAUUGGUAAGGGAUGAUGAUGAUGAUAUUUUGGAGAUGAGGGAAGAAGAUGAAAACAAGUUCUUUACCAAUUAUAAGGAUACAAAUGAUUCCCAGUCUGGUAUAGGGAAAAAGAAUUCUGAUAAUUUUCCCCAGGAUGAGUUCACAUCACUACCAGACAGUAAUGACAUGAAACAGAGUGAGAGCUUGGACAAAAAGGGUAAGAUUGUUGAAAGUGAUCUUCAGGAACUUGUCUUCUAAAAUAUUAUUUGGAAAAGAAAUGGAUCACUUUCUGAGGCAACAUCAUCCACAUUGGAGAAGGAUAUUGGGACAAGCAGGACUAGAUCUCAAUCAGUGAAAAGUCGUCAGAGCCAAAGUGGGCCUCUGGUGCCAGGAACUGUGUUUGGUCAUUCUUCAUCAGAAAGAGUACGUACCUCAGAAAGGUAUCCAUCGAGUGAGAAAGUUAAUCGGGAAGUACGAAAAAUUCCAAGCUUUAGUGGUCCUUUGAUGCUGCCAAACCGAGCUUCGGCAAAUAGUUUAUCAGCUCCAAUAAAAUGUUCAGGAGGAUUCAGAGAUUCAUUGGAUGAUAAAUCAAAGACUAAUCUUGUGCAGAUUAAAGGGCGAUUCUCAGUAACAUCAGAAAAUUUAGAUCUUGUGAAGGAUAUUCCUAUAAGUUCAGUUCCACGCCGAUCUUCACAGGGAUCACCACUGCGGAAAUCUGCCAGUGUUGGUGAUUGGAUGGUGGAUUUUAGACAAAUGCCAACGGGUCAAUCUGCCAAAGAUUCUGCCAAUAUUCCUGCAUCACUUUUGACGGCUCACCUUCAGAAUCUUUUCCAGCAGACAAUUAUUCAACAGGAUCUUAUAAUGACUUUGUUAAAUAGCAUGCAGCCAGCUGAUGCGGUUGAUGCUUCUUUGAAUGGAAAGUCACCGCCUCCAGCAUAUUGCAGUUCAGAGAACAAUGGAAUUGUUGAUUCAGCAGCUUCGGAUAGGGAACGUCUGCUGCUGGACAAAAUUGCAGAACUACAAGCCAGGUUCAUCAGUUUGACAGAGGAAUUGACUGCUGAGAAGUUGAAACAGAUACAGUUGCAACAACAGCUAACGUCUCUCUCCAGUCAGGAUCAUGGGGACAUAAGGGAAGAAGUAGCAUGAGAACUCGUGAUUUGUGAUAUACUUCGGUGAUGCACGUAUACAGCCGGGCACGAGAGAAAUUAUGCGUAAAAAGUGCAUUGUUUCUCUCUGCUGGAGGGGAUCUUUUUUCCAAGGAUAUUUUGGUUGACCAAGUUAAAUAUCCUCAGAGUUCCAGCCCACCCGGUGUUCAAUAAGCAUCUGUGAAGAUAUUCUGCUUAGCAAGUGCAAAUAAGCAAAAAUGAUCAACUGACAAGGUUGAUCUUAUAUUUGUUUCAUUUUUAACUUAGAUGUAAAUGAUCUUCUCAUCUGCUACAUCAUUCUGCAACCAGCCAAAUCUGCGGAUGAAACAUCGUUAGAUUUGUUGAGGUAAGAAAAUUGUAGGGACGUAUCCCGGGGAAAUAAAAUUAUCUCUACAUAUUGAAGUGUUAUAAGCUACUUUUAUUCAUCGAAUUUGAGCUUGUAUAAAAUUAUAUGUUGUUCAAUAACCUGCAGUGUUAGGUUGCAUCUCAA